GCAAUCGCGAGCGGCGUCACGGAGGAAGAGUACGUGAGAGUUGGCGGCACGAGUCAGAGGCGACGAACACGACGAGGCGGCGGGCGCCUGGCCUACCCGCCACCAUGGACUAGCAGUUGCGGGUCGCCGCUCCACCGAAAGGGCCUCUGGACGUUGUCUUCAGUAAGCAAAAUCGUCGGCAGUAACUGAUGACGGGAUGACAAUGAUGAACGACUGGAUGUACGGAAGCAGGUUCGGGGCCUGGGUGCAGAGAUGCCGGGAGUCGCGCCGCCUCGUUUUGGUGAUCGUCGCCAUAGCGCUCCUUCUGGACAACAUGUUGCUCACCACAGUCGUUCCCAUUAUCCCGGAGUUUUUAUACGACAUCAAUCAUCCUGACGCCCCUCUGGACGGAAGAGUAAGAGUAACUACUACCACGACUACAACUACACAGAGCCCUUGUGCAAGAAACAUCAAUGACAACUUCAACUAUUCCACAACUUCAGUAUCGCCUACAGAAUAUGGAAACUAUACAACGUUGGACCCAGAAGCCGCCCUAAGGGAAGCGAAACAUAAAGAUUUGGUUCAGGAAACGGUAGCUGUGGGCAUUAUGUUUGCCUCCAAAGCUUUUGUACAGCUAUUGGCCAACCCCUUUGUAGGACCCCUAACCCAUAAAAUUGGGUACAGCAUCCCUAUGUUCUGUGGCUUUAUUAUAAUGUUCCUCUCAACUAUAAUAUUUGCAUUUGGCCGAAGUUACAGCGUUCUGUUCAUAGCGAGAGCCCUUCAAGGAAUUGGCUCUUCUUGCUCGAGUGUUUCAGGAAUGGGCAUGCUGGCCGAAAGAUACCCGGACGAUAAGGAUAGAGGCAAUGCUAUGGGCAUAGCGCUGGGGGGUCUUGCCUUAGGGGUUCUGAUUGGUCCCCCCUUUGGAGGGGUUAUGUACGAAUUUGUUGGAAAAUCAGCGCCAUUCCUCAUACUAUCAGCGCUGGCUCUUGGAGAUGGAUUGUUGCAACUUCUCAUGCUGCAGCCUUCGGUGAUCAGGCAAGAUAGCGAACCUCCAUCUUUGAAAGCUCUUGUUUGCGACCCUUACAUCAUAAUAGCUGCAGGUGCCAUAACUUUUGCAAAUAUGGGCAUCGCAAUGCUGGAACCUUCGCUUCCCAUCUGGAUGAUGGACACCAUGGACGCGGACCGAUGGAAGCAGGGCGUCACUUUUUUGCCGGCCAGCAUUUCUUACCUGAUUGGUACGAAUUUGUUCGGUCCUCUGGGUCACAGAAUGGGACGGUGGCUGGCGGCGCUUCUGGGACUCAUCAUCAUUGGAGUUUGUUUGAUGCUCAUACCUUUAGCAACAAAUAUCAACCAUCUAAUAGUACCAAACGCUGGUCUGGGAUUCGCUAUAGGAAUGGUGGAUAGUUCCAUGAUGCCUGAGUUGGGAUAUUUGGUUGACAUACGACAUUCUGCUGUGUACGGAAGUGUCUACGCUAUCGGAGACGUAGCCUUCUGCCUUGGCUUUGCAAUCGGCCCGGCUAUGAGUGGAACGUUGGUAAAAAAUAUUGGCUUCGAAUGGAUGCUUUUUGGAAUUGCCAUUCUGAAUUUCCUUUACGCCCCCCUUUUGUACUUCUUGAAGAGUCCGCCGACCAAGGAAGAAAAAAAAUCUCUAAUAACUGGAGAAAAUUCGUCGGUAAGGUAUGUGACAUAUCAGAACGAAGAGGAGGAGGAGUAAAUAUUAAACUGUAAGGUUUGCAAAGAAGUCUUUCAAGUGUAAGUUAUGUCUUGAUAAUCAUAAUAAUAAUUGUUUGAGACGCAAGAUUGUACAAAGUUGCUCUGGGAGCGUAUAGGAAAAUAAUAAUGUUAUUACAUUGUAUAUGUAACUUGAAUAUAUUUUUUGUAUUAUUUGAUAGGGACGUCAGUAAAUGUAUAUUCUAAAUUAAUCUGGGGGCACCUUGUUUGGGAUUUUUGUGAAUGGCUGCACUGAAUCCUUUCUAAAACAAAUAAAUAAAAGAGACAAGGCAAUAAGAAGCCCCCUUCUUUAGGCGAAACAAAUUUAAAAAGUAUUUUUAUACGAAUUAGAUAAGCGUUCCUAUCCCAAAGCCCGGUUAAUAAUGAUUGCCACUUAUCAACAUGUAUCCUCAAUGUCUAUACCUACUCACCAAAUACAGUUAGUUAGUUGUGUAACAUUUAGCAAAUAAUAUUAAGGCGCGAAACUGAGUCUACUUAGGAGAAUUGCUGAGCCAAUCAAAACACAUCAUUUGGGCAAGCCUGGUGUGCUUAAAGCAGGGACCUUAAUGUUUAU